AAAAACCAAAAGAAUUUUUACAAUUUUUUGACAUAAAUUGUGAGUAUGAAUAUCUAAAUACGAAAAGAAUACAAAGCUCGAAAUAUAUUUUAAAAAUACUUAAAAAUGGCUGGAUGUAUACGCUCCUUGAGAAAUACACUUUCAUUGAAUCGCACAAUUAUAAGAUUUUAUUCCGCUGAAACUGCAGUUUGUCCGAAAAAACAGGAAGAUCCUUGCCGGUCCACUGUAGCAAAAGGUUUGGUUCUCGGCUUGUAUACACAAACUGAACCAGGUACAGAACCAGGUAAAUUAACACCAACCGGUGAAAGAUAUGACAGUUUGGUAUGCAAUAGACUGUCAGAGCUUUUAAAAUAUGCUGGCCCACCACCAAAAUUAGGGGAAACCAGAACAUUCUACAACAUUGACGAUGAAUUCACAGCUGUCACCGUUGUUGGCCUCGGAAAAGAAUGUCAGGGAUACGAUGUGUUCGAACAAAUGGACGAAGGAAAAGAGGUGAUAAGAGUAGCUGCAGCGCAAGGUUCAAAAUCGCUACAGAAAAUAGCAGUAAGGAAAAUAUUCAUUGAAAGCUUUGGACAUGCGGAAUCAUCUGCUGAAGGGUCCGCAUUGGCAGUGUGGCUGUAUCAAGAAAAGAAAAAGAAGGAAAACCAAUUGAUAAUUCCUCAAUUGGAAUUAUACGAUGACUGCGAUUGGACUGGUUGGCAGAUUGGUCUUCAAAAAGCUGCCGCUCAAAAUUUGGCUCGUCAAUUGAUGGACACUCCCGCUAAUUUAAUGACACCAACAUCAUUUGCUCAGAACGCUGUAGAAGUGUUGUGUAAGUCUGGCGUAAACGUUGAAGUUAAAGUACGUGGAUGGGCAGAAACACAAAAGAUGUAUGCAUUCUUGGCUGUGGCUCAAGGUUCCUGCGAACCUCCGAUAUUUUUAGAACUUAGUUACUACGGUGCAUGCAGAGACGAAAGACCCGUAAUUCUAAUUGGUAAGGGAAUAACUUAUAACAGUGGUGGCAUCUGCCUGAAAUCAUGCAACAAGCAGAGGUUUAUGCGAGGGGACAUGGGGGGAGCUGCCUGUGUUGUCGCCGCAUGUAGAGCAGUUGCAGGUUUGCAACUGCCUAUUAACAUCAGAGCCCUGCUUCCACUAUGCGAAAAUAUGCCAGGAUGUGCUGCUAUGCGUCCUGGAGACAUCGUGAAGGCCAUGAAUGGCAAAAGUAUUAAGAUUGAGUCUACUGAUACAGCUGGCAGACUUUCCAUUGCCGAUGCCUUGGUAUAUGCCCAAAACUUCUGGCCAAGAUUCAUUGUUGACAUUGGAACCAUGACCAAUGAUAUGAGGCACUCUUUGGGCGCUGCAGCCAGUGGCGUUUUCAGCAACUCAGAAGCUCUCUGGGAGUAUAUGCUAGCCUCUUCCAUGCACACUGGGGAUAGAGUGUGGCGUUUCCCUUUGUGGGAUCAUUUUACACAGCUGGUGGCCAACCACCAUUCGGUCGAAGUGAAAACUUAUGGUAGAGGUGGUAGGCCAAGAUGCGCUGGAGCUUGUAGAGUUGCCGCGUUUUUGAACGAGUUUGUUCCUUGCGGUGAUUGGUUGCACAUUGAUACUUAUGGAGUAAUGCAUACAGACGGCAAAGAUUACCCAUAUCUUAGACGCGGUAUGACCGGUCGUCCUACUCGUACCCUUGUGGAGUUCUUGUCCCAGUUGGUUUGCCACCGUGAAUAAAACACUAAAAACUGUAGUAAAAAGUGGACGAAAUGUAUUUGAUAUUGUAAAAAUUAGAGAUCCUGUAAUUGUUUUGUAUAUUUCUUGUAAAAAUUUACUAAAUUAUAU